UUUCAAGAUGUUUUCGAGAUGUUUCAAGAUGUUUCAAGAUGUUUUCGAGAGGUUCACCACACGCCACAUUGUCUAUUCUCGUCUCAUCCCUCAUCUCCUCGUGUGUGUGUGUGUAUCCAUCUGUGUGUGUGUGUGUGUGUGUGUGUAUCCAUCUGUGUAUGUGUGUCCGCCCUAACCCUCACCUCCCCUCCAGUAAUAUGUCAUUUCAGUGGCAGAACAUUCAUGAACACAAAUAUGCAGUUUGAUUUGGGACAGAUGCAGCUGGUUCCCUCCCUGAGGUUCCUAGUCAGAAACACUCAAAUAGCACUCCGAGGAGGAGGAGGAAGAGGAGGAGGAGGAGGAGGAGGAGGAGGAGGAAAGCAGGAGGAGGAGGAAAGCAGGAGGAGGAGGAGGAGGAAAGCAGGAGGAGGAGGAUGGAGGAGGAGGAGGAGGAGGAGAGCAGGAGGAGGAGGAGGAGGAGGAGUAGAGCUAAGCAAAUAAGCGGAGGAAAGGAGGGAAGAUGGUGGUGUGGUUUUAGAAAGGGAGAGAGAGAGAGAUAAUCUCUGUGAGGCUGUCUUUUAAAAAAAGAUGAAUGUGGUUGAGAGGACUGAAAAAGCUGAUUGUGAGUGAGAUCGUCCCCCAACAGCGGCAGGAUGCAAACAUUGUCACCAUCUAUAAGAACAAGGGUGACAAGUCAAUCUGAGGCAAUAGCCGGGUGGGGAUCCCAUCCUGACCAAGGUGAUGCUACACAGGCUGGUGGACAACAUCACAGAGGAACACCUGCCAGAGUCACAAUGCGGCUUCAGAAAGAACAGGAGUACGGUCGACAUGAUAUUCACGGCACGGCAACUCCAGGAGAAGUGCAGUAAACAACAUCAGGACCUUUUAAUAUUCUUUGUCGACCUCUCCAAGGCCUUUGACACUGUGAGCAGGGAACUACUAUGGGGCAUUCUACUCAAAUGUGGCUGUCCAGACAGAUUUGUCAACAUCCUUUGCCAGUUCCAUGAUGGGAUGAUGGCUCGGGUGGCCAUAGGAGAGCAGGAGUCAGUGCUUUUUGGAGUAAGCAUCGGUGUGAGGCAGGGGUGUGUGCUGUCACCUGUACUCUUUCACAUCUUCCUCCUAUGUGUCACCCAGCUUCUCCACAAGGAGCUUGAGGACAGCAGCGGGGUUGCGGUGGACUUCAGGCUGGAUGGAAACCUAUUCAACAUCAGGAGGCUCCAAGCAACCACCAAGGUUUUGACGGAGCGGGUUCUUGAGCUGCAGUAUGCUGAUGAUUGUGCUCUUGUGGCCCACAGUCCAGAAGACCUUCAGUCCGUCCUUGUAGCGGCUGUGAGGGUCUAUAGCAGGAAGGAACUGUCUAUUAACACCACCAAGACAGAGGUGGUCUGCCAAUGGAGAUCCAGCCCUCAACCCACCAUGCCUGUCUUCACCAUUGAACACAAAUCCCUGGCAAUAGUCCCGUCCUUCAAAUACCUGGGCAGCAUCCUCUCGGAGGACUGCAGCAUCGACCUCGAAAUUCAAAAUGGGAUCAAGCAAGCAUCAGCUGCCUUAGGGAAACUCAGACGCAGGGUCUUCCAACACAGCCUCUCCACCUCCACACCGAAGUCACAGUCUAUCAAGCCGUCUGCAUCACCACACUUCUUUACAGCUGUUCUAUCAAGCCGUCUGCAUCACCACACUUCUUUACAGCUGUUCUAUCAAGCCGUCUGCAUCACCACACUUCUUUACGGCUGUUCUAUCAAGCUGUCUGCAUCACCACACUUCUUUACAGCUGUUCUAUCAAGCCGUCUGCAUCACCACACUUCUUUACAGCUGUUCUAUCAAGCCGUCUGCAUCACCACACUUCUUUACAGCUGUUCUAUCAAGCCGUCUGCAUCACCACACUUCUUUACAGCUGUUCUAUCAAGCCGUCUGCAUCACCACACUUCUUUACAGCUGUUCUAUCAAGCCGUCUGCAUCACCACACUUCUUUAUAGCUGUUCUAUCAAGCCGUCUGCAUCACCACACUUCUUUACAGCUGUUCUAUCAAGCCGUCUGUAUCACCACACUUCUUUACAGCUGUUCUAUCAAGCCGUCUGCAUCACCACACUUCUUUACGGCUGUUCUAUCAAGCCGUCUGCAUCACCACACUUCUUUACAGCUGUGAAGCCUGAGUCACUUACAGUCACCACAACAAGCAGCUUGAGCGAUUCCACAUAAGAUGCCUGCAGUGCAUCCUGGGAAUCACCUGGUGCGACCGUGUGCCCCAUACAGAAAUACUUGCUAAGACCAACUGCAAGAGUAUGGAGGCCAUGGUCACCUGACACCAACUGCGCUGGCUUGGGCACGUCAUUAGGAUGUCUCAGGAGCGCUUGCUGCGGAAGAUCCUGUAUGGCCAGCUACAUGUUGGCCGGCGGUCUGCAGGGGGACAGAUGAAGCGCUACAAGGACCAGCUGAAAACGCAGCUGAAGAAGUGCAACAUCAAACCCACUGACCUAGAGGACGCUGCUGCCAACCGUUCCACCUGGCGGCAGCUCUGCCAGAGCGGUGUACAGAGGAGGAGGAGAGGAGCACAAAGAAACGGCAAAAACAGCUCAGGAGACAUACAGCCAUGCCUGCCCCCACCAACACAGACUGAGACAUACAACCAUGCUGCCCCCACCAACACAGACUGAAACAUACAGCCAUGCUGCCCCCACCAACACAGACUGAGACAUACAACCAUGCUGCCCCCACCAACACAGACUGAGACAUACAACCAUACUGCCCCCACCAACACAGACUGAGACAUACAACCAUGCUGCCCCCUCCAACACAGACUGAGACAUACAACCAUGGCUUGCCCCCCAACACAGACUGAGACAUACAACCAUGCUGCCCCCACCAACACAGACUGAGACAUACAACCAUGCUGCCCCCCCCAACACAGACUGAGACAUACAACCAUGCUGCCCCCACCAACACAGACUGGACAUAAAACCUUCUGGCCCCUCCAACCCCCAACUGAGACAUACAACCAGGCUGCCCCCCCAACACGACUGAACAUACAACCAUGCUGCCCCCCCAACCCCAGACUGAGACAUACAACCAUUGCGCCCCCCAACACAGGGCUGAGGACAUUAAAACCAUGUGCCCCACCCCAACACAGACGAGACAUACAACCAUGCUGCCCCCCACAACACCCGACCUGAGACAUACAACCAUGCUGCCCCCCCAACACAGACUGCACAUGCCCCACCUGCCAAUAAAGUUGGUGGAUCUUGGAUGGACUCACAGUCACCAAAGAAAUUCACCGUUACUCAAAAGUGGACGUCAUCAUGGUACGAUGUACUAACAUACAUAAUGUUGUGUGGGUGAUGAGAGAGUAGAGAGAGAGAGAGAGAGAGAGAGAGUGACACGAGAGCGAGAGAGGGUAGAGAGACGAGAGACAGAGAGUAUUGACCUUGGACGAGAGAGGAGAGAGAGAGUGAGAGGAUCGUACAUGUACCGAGAGAGCGAGAGUCGAGUGAGAGAGAGAGAUCGAUGCGAGAGGAGAGGAGAGGAGAGAGAGAGAGAGAGAGAGAGGUACACAGUGUUGAAAGGGCCGGCCGGGAAGGAGAGAGGUCUUCCGUUAGGGGCUCCAGUGAACAGAGAGAGGAAAGCUUGAUUUGCAUUAUAUUACAUGACAUUAUAUUACAUACUGUACAACAUUCACACUUCAUUUCCCCUGUAGUUAAGGUCUGAAUGAAGGUCUGACACUUCUGGCAUCGCCAAGCCUCCAGGCUCUGACCCCUCACACACACACACACACACACACACACACACACACAUACACACACACACAGAACCAACAGACAGACAGACAGACAGACAAACAGACAGAACCAACAGACAGACAGACAUAAUCAGAACCAACUGACAGACAGACAGACAGACAGACAGACAGACAGACAGACAGACAGACCGACAGCAGACGACAGACAGACAGACAGAACAAAAAAGACCAAGACAGACAGAACCAAUAGACAGACACAACCAACAGACAGACAGAACCAACAGACAGACAGAACCAGAACCAACAGACAGACAGAACCAACAGACAGACAGACAGACAGACAGACAGACAGACAAGACACAACCAAUAGACAGACAGAACCAACAGACAGACAGAACCAAUAG